AUGCCUGGUCCCACUGCCAGUACUUUGAAGAAACGGGCCAGGGAAGAAACAACACCGGACCAGGGAAGAAGCAACACCGGACCAGGGAAGAAGCAACACAGGACCAGGGAAGAAGCAGCACCGGAUCAGGGAAGAAGCAGCACCGGAUCAGGGAAGAAGCAACACCGGACCAGGGAAGAAGCAGCACCGGAUCAGGGAAGAAGCAACACCGGACCAGGGAAGAAGCAACACCGGACCAGGGAAGAAGCAGCACCGGAUCAGGGAAGAAGCAACACCGGACCAGAGAAGAAGCAACGCCGGACCAGGGAAGAAGCAACACAGGACCAGGGAAGAAGCAACACCGGAUCAGGGAAGAAGCAACACCGGACCAGGGAAGAAGCAACACCGGAUCAGGGAAGCAGCAACACCGGACCAGGGAAGCAGCAACACCGGAUCAGGGAAGCAGCAACACCGGACCAGGGAAGAAGCAACACCGGAUCAGGGAAGAAGCAACACCGGACCAGGGAAGAAGCAGCACCGGAUCAGGGAAGAAGCAACACCGGAUCAGGGAAGAAGCAACACCGGAUCAGGGAAGAAACAGCACCGGAUCAGGCUAUCUACAUAUGA